AUGGAAUCCGAUCAAAUGUUGUUCCGUGAAAGAAUGCUUUCUGAAAUUAUGGAAUUAAAAACCAAAGUUACAGAGCUUGACUCCACCAUACAAGUACAAAAUGCGGAAAUAAAACAGCUUAAGUCAGAAAAUGAGCGUCUGCUUGGCAUGCAUCCUA